UUAGGACUAAACACGGCUUGUUUGCUACUUAACGGUAGCUGAAGGCUGGUCGAGAAGGUUGGAAGAUAAACCCCUUUCAUAAUUUUAGAUUCACGUUCCACCGACCUUUGAGAGACAGACAAUAUUCUAAUGACUGUGAACUGUGGUGAGGUUAAGUACAGGGCUUCGCUACUCUUGAGAAAUUUAGGUAAAAUCGGGGAUAUUUAUUUUUGCAGUGUGUCAAGUGGGAGUAAGGUAAACUUAAGAAGCCAUGCUCGCCACCCAGACUACUGACUGCAUUCCAGAGGUUAAAAAUGGCAAACAGAACAUCAAGGAGAAACUAGCCCAAACCCUAAAAGCCCUACAGAAACGCUACGUGGCCACAGACGUGCCUGUCACAAGUGAGGACUCGGAUGCCAACCAGCUGUGCUGUGACCUGGAGGCCGUCUUCAUCCACGGCCUGCGCAGCAAACACAUCCGCGCUGACGCUGUUGGGGUGCGUGGCCGCAAGGGACCCCAACUCCCCCAGCCCACCUUCUGGAGUCUGCUCAAAACCGUCACCCACAGAGAUGUGAUUCUGGAGCUAGAGGGCCUGAGCUUCAUCAGCUCAGAUGUGGGCCGGUGCCGGGCGUGGGUGCGUCUUGCACUGAAUGACGGGCUGCUGGAGUGCUACCUGGCCUCACUCCUCCGUGAGGUUUCCGAACUGGAUGGCCACUACCAGCCCGGCGCGCUGCUUCUGGACCCUGAGGAGCGAGAGGUGCUUCUCAGCCUCCUGCAGGGCCUCACCUCACUCUCCUUCCAGCUCUCAUACAAGUCAGCCGUGUUGAAUGAGUGGACAGUCACUCCGCUGGCACUCGCUGGCCUGUGCCCAGUGGCGAAUGACAACGACCCACGGCCCACUGCUGUGCGCCGGAGAUCCUGGGAUGCGAUAUCACAGUCAUCUGUUGGCUCGGAUGGGGUUGUCGAGGUGCUGGGAAGGGUGCCGAACGGUGCGUGUGGAGCCAGGUCUUCCCUGACGGCCUCUGACCUGAGCCUGGACACGGCAGGCUCAUCGUUGCUGUCCUCCAGUCUUGGCUCUGAUGGGCAGCCUCUGCCAGACAGGGAGAGCUUGACCGGGCAUGAGGGAGAGCUCAGCCACAGCGAGCGUGACAAGAGCAUGAUAAUCGGAGAUGGUAGUUCCUCCAGCCAGAAAAUGACCAAGGAAGAUGUGAGCAGCCCUUCUCCAGAGAGCAUGGUUGAGUCUACCACCCACAGCAGCAGUGAUGAAGACUCGCCAAAGCCCUCCUCAUCUGACAAACAGGAGGAACCCAACUCACUUGCACACUCACCAGACACAUCUGUCCAAAAUGCACAAGCAGCACCCCCAUCUGGCUUGGAGGGAAAGAUGCAUAGCGAGGCUGCCACGGAGCCUAACGCUGCCAUUGUAACUUUGGGUCCAGUGAAAACAUCUCUAACGAUUGUUCCAGAGGAGAACUGUAAGAAAAAGGACUCUCCUGGCACUGUCUGUUUACCUACUCCUGCUCUGACCUCUGGAUUGGCCUCUGACCCAGUGCCCUGUGACACUCCCUGUCCACUCACCUCUGGCCUGGUAGAAGAUUCCAGGCAUGUGCCUGUCCAACGCUCUUGUGUUCUGAGCAAGAAAACCUCUUCAGGCUCCCUUUAUUGCUCCCAAACAUCCCCGUCUUGGAUCUCUGAAGAAGACUUCUAUAAACCGGAUCCAUACGGGAGUGGGGAUUCUGAAGGGCCAGAGACUUCCGACAUCACCCUGAUGAAUGGCACAGUGUCUACUGAUCCUGAACUAGUGUCUCCACCCAGUGUGGUCCACCGGAGACAGAUUGGACUGUCCAACCCUUUCCGAGGUCUGCUGAAGCUGGGCCAGUUGGAGCUGCGUGGAGCCAUUGGGCUGUGGAGUAGCUACUACUGCGAGCUGUCGCCCUUUGAGCUUCGCCUCUACGCCGACGCAGAUGAGCGCGUGUGCUACAAGAAUUGCUCUCUGCUGCGCUGUGAGGAUGUGCACCUCUCAGCCAGCGGCGAGGGCCGCUUCUGCCUCACCUUCUCAGGCAAGAGAACGCUGUAUCUACGAGCGCCGUCAUGUGGCGAGGCCGAGGACUGGGUGGAUCGCAUCCUGGAGGCCGUGAACAAGGCCCGGCCGAUGGCCCGUGACGAGGUUCUCAAGUCCUCGGCUCUGGGUGAUGAGCUGGGCACCCCCUCUCCCGCCUCAGCACCCUCCAGCCCUGAGCGGACGCCCGGAGAAACACCCCAGCCACCACAGACCGACUGGAGCCGGCCUGCCAACCCAGAGCCAGAUGCUAUUAAGGAGGCGGUCGUGUACGUCAGCCGGGAGGAACUCGGCUGGACGUCGCUGGUGCUGUCGCUCUCGCUGGAGGCGCUGCGGGCCUUUGCGGUGCGAGAGGGCCACAAGACACCCGCGUUCGUGCACCCCAUCGAGACAGUGCGUGACGUGGUGCCUGAUGCGGCUCUAGGAGGCCCCGCCUUCUUCAAGGUUCUGAUGGCAAACGGGACGCUAACAUUCAGAGCAGAGAGCGCAGAGGAAGCGUGCAUCUGGAGGAGCCUCAUCCGCGGAGUGCUCAGCUCCUACCUGGACACGGAGGAGGACGGGAUGGGUGGAGACGUGGCCUACCCAGGCAGGGGGCAGGGAGGCAACGUAAACCGGCUGGUCCAGCACCGGCUGCAGGGAGAGGGGGUGCUGCUAGCUCACUUGACCACUGUCCCUGUGGAAAGAGGGUUGGACUCGCAGAACUUCAAGUGUGCAGGAUGUCCCAGGCAGAUUGGUGUGUCUUUGGGCCAGGCCAAGCUGUGUGAGUUCUCAGGUCAGUACUACUGUGAUACCUGUCACUACGGCGACACCAGCAUUAUUCCAUCACGCAUGGUGCACAACUGGGACCUCAAUGCACACGAGGUCUCCAGGCAGGCCCUGAAGCUAUUGGCUGAUAUUGAACAGGAGCCUUUGCUGAAUCUGGACAUCUUAAACCCUGACCUGUUUAAACACACUGAAACCAUGGCAACAGCCCAUUGCCUCAGGCAGAGACUCCGCCUUCUCGGAGAUUACCUGCUUAUCUGCCGAAGUGGAAUCAGAAAAAACAUGGAGCCCAGGCUGGAGCAAAGGACCUAUCUUUUGGAGUCCAGUCAUCUAUAUAGUGUAAUGGACUUGCGGCAGAUAGUGGAUGGCCAUUACGCAUCCUUCCUGCAGUAUCUUAUCCAGUUCUCGUCCAAUCACGUGCAUAACUGUGAUCUUUGCACCCAGCGAGGCUUCAUCUGCCAGAUCUGCAACAGAGAUGACAUCAUCUUUCCUUUUCAGUUUGACAGCACGUCCAGGUGCAAAGUGUGCAAGACAGUGUUCCACUCCUCCUGCAAGGCUCAGAAUCUUGCCUGUCCUCGUUGUGAGCGGCUGCAGAGAUACCGGGACAGAGACUUGUAUUAACGAGCCUUUUGUUCCUUUAUGCUUUCCAUACUUCCAACCUUAAACCAUAACUGCUUGCAGGAGUGAGCUGUAGGUGCAUUAUGUCCCUCCAAGCCUCCUUGAUGCACAGCCAGGCAAGAUUCCUCUUUUGCAAGCAGUGAUCAUGAAGUCUUAAUAUAUUUAAAAUGUAGCCUUAAGUGCACUUAUUUAUAUACAUGUACAAGCAUAAAUGACUGUACACAUACAGAAUGUGUGUAUUGCCAAUCCGUGAUGUUUUGUGGCGUGAUUGAGGUCCAAGCUGUAACUUGCACUAACAGAGACCAGUAUUGUCUCUGCUGACUGAGUUAAUGGACAUUUUAUACUGGCUCUGCUUUUCUUGGCUUUCAACCAUUUGACAGACCUUUUUGGUAUCAGAAUAGAUGACCUUGACUGGAUCCUGUUUUUGUUUGUUUACCGUUCUAGCAGUUUCAUGCAGAGGUUAUGAAGGCUUGGAUUUAGAUUGUCAAUAGGUACUGCUCUGCAUCCAGUUUAGGAAGCCGUUUUUAGUAAACCAGUGACAUGAUCUUUUUUUUUUUUUUGCCACGGAACAGACUCCCCCCCCCCCCCAACACCUUUUUAAUAGGUAUUUUUGUGCUACUCUUCCUGUCAAAGGGAAUGUUUUUAUUAAUACCUGUGUACAGACCAAACACUAGUUGUAUAAGUGAUUAAGGCAUAAUUUAAUAUGGCAGUAGUAUAAAUGAUGAAUCAUCCUGAAACUUGCACAUUAAAGUCUCCUUUUAGUUUUUGUUCAUAUUUCUGUUUAAUGGUUAACACUUCAUUUGAACAUAAGUCUACAGUGUGCCAAAAAUGUUAGAAGAAUAUUUUAAAAUACUAUUGUCUUUCUAUUUGGUGGCAUAAUUGGCUAAACAGAGCUCUGACAAGGAAGUGCUCUGCAAGAACUUGGAGUAAAAAUAAUCAAAUUGUAACCAUGAUGGGCAGCCUAUUUGUGGUUAGUAAGGUGUGUGUAAAGUCUUAACCUAGGGUUACCCAUUAGCUUUUCCAUGUGCAACGUCAUUUCUCAUAUAGAGAGCACUUCCUUUUCACACUUCCUUGUUUAUUUGGUUGUCACUUGCACAAGGAACUGAAUUCUGAUGUGCUCCAUCUUAAAAAAACAACAACAAAAAAAACUCCAAGAACACAUCAGUAUGUGUAUGGGCAACUCUGCCAUACAUGGGUUUAGUGUGUCAGAUCAAGUUUAAAAAUGUUCAAUUUGAAGAUGUAAAUGUUUGUCUUUUAGUAAAACAAGUCUUACGUUUUUGGCACACUAACGUUUUAUUCUGUGUGUAAUUAAAAUAUAUAAAAUUUCUUUUCCUACGUUAAGAUUCUUUUCAUCUUUUAAAACACGUUUCCACUCUAGCGACAGGACCUCGGGAUGGUAAGGAGCAGUGGCGUCCAAUAGCUAAAUAAAUGUAUCUUGUACAGGCAGGAGCAGAAACAGUUCUGUGCCGCCUUUACAUGUAUGUGCACCAAUAAAAGCGCUUCCAUUUUU